AUGUCUGAAGACUUUCCAGUGCCAGAUACGCGGGUACUUGCUGUGGCCAGCCAUGUUGUCUACGGAUAUGUCGGAAAUACGAUGGCCACUUUCGUUAUGCAAUCUCUAGGAUGCGAAGUCGCUGCUCUGAAUACCGUACAGUUCAGCAAUCAUCUAGGUUAUGGGCAAGCUAAAGGCACGCGCGCUACUGCGACUGAAAUAUUGGACCUCUAUCAAGGUCUCAAGAACUCCUACCUCGACGAUUUCAAUAUGAUGCUCUCGGGCUAUCUGCCUGGGGCCGCCUGUGUCGAAGCCGUCGGUUCAAUAGCACGCGAUCUGAAAUUAAAGAGUACAAUGAAACCGGGAAGUUUCUUCUGGGUGUUGGAUCCGGUUAUGGGGGAUAACGGGAAAUUGUAUGUGGCGGAAGAUGUGGUACCGGCUUAUAAAGCAUUGAUUAAAGGUGCGGAUUUGAUUCUGCCGAAUCAAUUUGAGGUUGAGACAUUAUCUGGUGUGAAGAUUCAGGAUAUGGAUACGCUUAUAUUGGCCAUAACGACAUUACACGAAGUAUAUAAAAUUCCUCAUAUCAUGGUUACAUCCAUUUCACUUCCUUCUCCCGGUGCCGAGCCCCAUCUUUCGGUCGUAGGCUCGACUAUGACAUCGAAAGCUGAACCGAGGAUUUUCAGCAUCAAGAUACCGGCAAUUGAUUGUUUCUUUAGUGGAACGGGAGAUAUGUUUGCGGCGCUCAUGUUGGUGAGAUUUAAAGAGGCAGUGUGUAAUGUGGAAGGCCUGGUAGAGAAAGAUGCGUGGAUUAGUGAUGAUGAGGUGGCAGCUACGGAAUUACCGCUGGCGAGAGCCACGGAAAAGGUUUUGGCUAGUAUGCAUGAGGUGCUUGCGAAGACCAAGAUCGUGAGGGAUGCCGAGAUUGCGACGUGGAAGAGUGUUGUGGGUGGAAGAGGGAAGGAUGAGGAUGUCAAAAGAGAAGGAUUGGUGAGGUCGAAGGCGGCCGAAGUGAGGUUGGUGAGGAAUGUGCACUUUUUGAAGAAUCCGGUGGUAAAGUUCAAGGCGGAAAGUUUGUAA